AUGGAGGAAUAAGAAAAUAGAUAACAUAAAAAAAAUGAAAAGCUUGAAAAAAGGCGUAAGAAAGAAAAAGAGAUUAAAAAAAAUAAGAAGAAACAAAAAAAGGAAUAACUCUUACUUAGAGGUGAAAAGCGUUCCAAGUUCUUUGCCUAAAAGGAUAAAAAAGAUAAAAAUUUUAUUGAUAGACAAAAGGUUCUUAAAACAUUUAAAUUAUUCCUUAAAAUAUAUUAAGAUGAUUUAGAAGACUUUUUUUAACUCUUUAAAUAAUUAGAUGAGGAUAAUGUAAUUGAAACAGCAGAUAUUGAAAAUCCCAAUAUUAGAACAACAUUAUAAAAAUUCAUGAAACAAUUAUAAUUAAAAAAUAAAGGAACAGAAUAAACACCAAUUUUUAAAAAAUAAUCUGAUAUUAAAAUGGAACCUUAUGUUAGAGGUCUUUAUGAUUAAAUCAUCUAAGAAAUCAAUUAAUAAAAAUAAUAAUCUGAUUUUAGUGAUCAUGAAACAAGUAGAAGUUAAUCACCAUAAAAAUAAUAAUAAUAUAAAGAAAAAUAAGAUAAUUAAAAAUAAUAAAUAUGUGAUAAAGAAUAAAAUCUUAAUAAGUAAUAAUUAAAAGUUAAAGAAUUAAAAGAAGAAGUUUAUUAAGAUAAAAAAUACAAUAGAAAUUAAGUAAGAAAUUCUCUAUAUGCUGAUUUUGAAAUAAAACCAAAAAAGAAAAUAGAAAAUAAUCAAUAAUUAGAUUCAUUUUUGGAAGAUCAAUUUUCAAAAGUAGAAUAGAAAAAAAUUCCUUUAAAAGAUGAAAAUAUUAAAAAGAAAACAAAAAUUGAAACUGACACUCUAAUAAAUUAAUCUAAUCAAAUUUAAAUUAAUAUUAAUGAAAAGAAAUAAAAAAACAAUUUUAUAUGUAUUUAUUUAAUAUUAUUUAUAAGAAGAAUAAAUUAUUAAAAAAGAUUACAAUCGAUAAACUAACCUAAAUUAAGAAAAUUAAACAAAAAAUAAUGUUUUUAUGGUGUAAAUUUAAAAUUAGUUCAUUUGA